AUGCACACUCGGGAAAGGAGCAGUGGUUAUGUUAACGGACGUACUAGCUCUUAUGACUCUGAAGAUGAGGAGAUCCGUAUUGAUGAUGAUUCUGAAGAUGAAGACCAAGGUCCGAAACGGACACGAUCUGACAGGCACAAGCAGGCGUUACCCCCUCCUCCACCGCCACCCCCGAUUGGACCGCCAUCCAUCAAGUACUUGCCAUCUUCUCUGGAAGAAGCCCAAAGUACAUACCAACAAAUCGAUCACAACAUUUAUCGUGGAACAAAUACUGGAAAUUCACCUGUAGAUGACUGUCUACCAUGUCAAUGCAAAUACAACCCUCAUCGUGACCCCAGGUGGAAGGCUUGUGGACCCGAUUGCAUCAAUCGAAACCUACUUGUUGAGUGCAUAGAAGACGACUGCCCAUGUGGCUCAUACUGUUUGAACAGGAGGUUUCAAACUAAGCAAAAUGCUCGAGUAGACGUUGUCAAAACCGAAAAAAAGGGCUAUGGUCUUCGAGCCAUGGAAGAACUUUCAUCUGGAACGUUUGUAAUGGAGUAUAUAGGCGAGGUGCUGCCGCAUUCCAGCUUUAUUAAGCGCACACGGGAGUACUCUUUGGCUGGCGUUGAACACUUUUAUUUCAUGUCGCUGCAGGCGGACGAGGUCAUCGAUGCGACAAAAAAGGGCUGUCUCGCUAGAUUUAUCAACCACUCGUGCAACCCAAACUGUCAUUUGGAAAAGUGGGUAGUCGGUUCCAAGCUCAGGAUCGGUAUUUUCACCAUUAAGCGAGUGGCUGAGGGUGAGGAAUUGACGUUUGAUUACCAGUUCGAACGCUAUGGUGCUGAAGCUCAAAAAUGCUACUGUGGGGAACCUAACUGUACGGGAUUCAUUGGUGGAAACAAAAGAUCAUCUGCGGCAAGGUUUGAUAAUUACAGCAACCUUGAUGAGGUAGAAGACGAAGAUGAGAUUGAUCUUGAGAACCAAAUGAGUCUGCGGCACCCUAAGAAGGAGAAAGGCAACGAUGGUGACUAUCAGGACGAAUACGAGCAACGCAGGAUUGCUCGCGGUAUUGAAGACCCUCUUCUUGUGGAGAAACUGGCACGUAUAAUGUUCAUGAAGCCCAAAGUUGAGAAGAGUAAGCGUCUCUUGGCGAAGCUUAUGGCGACUACCGAACGAGCUUGUUUGAGGAGGUUUCUAGUCCUACAUGGUCUUGUGAUUCUAAAAGCUUGGCUCAAACAUUAUAAAGAUGAGCCCGAUAUUAUUGAAGGUAUCAUGUUGGUCUUACCAAAUAUCCCUCUCCUUUCGAGGAAUGCUAUCGAAGAUUCACAAAUUGAUGAGGCAAUACAAGAGAUCGCUGAAGGGCCAGAAUGUGCAUCUAAAGGCAUGGCACGAGAUCUUUUAACACAGUGGAAGGAGUUGAAGCCAGCUUACAGGAUCCCGAAAGCUAAGAAACCUGUAAGUGUUUUUUUUCUCACUUGUAUAUUGGUGCAGUACCUCAGAAAUUGCCCGAUCUGA